ACAGAACACAUUUCUCUGCAGCAUUUGAGUGCAUUCCUGACCGCUUCUAUAUGCAAACAUGACUACAACUGUUUAUGAAUUUGAGGAGAAAAUGAAGAUGGAUGUCUUUACUAUUCCUGUCAAAAAAGCUGAGUCAACUCUGAACAAGUGCAUGAGAAUCUCUGCAGGAUGUUUGGGGCUACUGUGUGUUCUCCAAGCUGCUACCAUCACCACACUGUGUCUGAAGCACAUGUUUGAUAAAGAACAUUUACAAAACACUAUCAAUAACCUUACUAUAGAGAAAGACCUGUUACAGACCAGUUACACCAGUCUGACCACGGCCCAGCGUCUUUUACAGAGCGAGAACCAGAGGAUAGCACAGAAGUUCAAUCAUUUAGGUUGGAGGUAUUUUAACUCCAGCAUUUACUACACCUCUACUGAGAAAAAGACCUGGGCUAAGAGCAGACAGCACUGCAGGACGAUAGGUGCUGACCUGGUGAUCAUAAACACAAAGGAGGAACAGAUUUUUGUAUCAGGAUUUUCCAGAGAGGAUAUGUGGAUUGGUCUAACUGAUGAAGAAACAGAGGGAGUUUGGAAAUGGGUAGACAACACGACACAAACUCUGGGGUACUGGAUGGAAGAUCAGCCCAACAACUUUAAUGGAAACCAAAACUGUGCUUCCAUACAAACGACUGGGAUAAAUCCGUUAAGAACCUGGAAUGAUUACCAGUGCUCUUAUGAGAAGCACUGGGUGUGUGAAAGAUAGAUUACACACCCUUUAAAAUAAAUUAUUCUCAUUUCUUUAA